CUUGGCUUAAGGCGGGCGGAAGUCCGGCAGGCGGAAGUGGAAGUUGACGUUACUGUGGCAGCGCAGAUAGGAGGAUGCUUCCACUAUCCUUGCUGAAAACGGCACAGAACCACCCAAUGCUAGUGGAACUCAAAAAUGGUGAAACAUACAAUGGUCACUUGGUGAGCUGUGACAACUGGAUGAACAUCAAUCUUCGAGAAGUUAUCUGUACGUCAAGGGAUGGAGACAAAUUCUGGAGGAUGCCUGAAUGUUACAUCCGUGGCAGCACCAUCAAAUACCUGCGCAUUCCUGAUGAGAUCAUUGAUAUGGUGAAGGAAGAGGUGGUAUCAAAAGGCAGGGGCCGUGGUGGGAUGCAGCAGCAGAAGCAGCAGAAGGGUCGGGGCAUUGGUGGCACCGGGCGGGGAGUAUUUGGAGGUCGUGGUCGAGGAGGAAUCCCAGGGAGUGGUCGAGGGCAACAAGAGAAGAAGCCAGGAAGACAAGCAAUGAAGCAAUGAGAAGCUGAACUGUUGCCAGGGAGCGCUCGGGGCCCGAACACUGUGUCGUUGGAACAUACCGGUCUGCUGCCUCCUCUUACUCCACAAAAUGAACUUGUGCUUUUUUUUUUUAUAUGAAUAACUGGGAUAUUAGAGAUGAAUCUUAUGAGGGUUUAGAGGUGUGUUACCACUCAAACAUGCAGUUUAGCUUCUGUUUGAACAGGCAUUGAUGGGGGUACUCAACUGACUCCCCUCUUCUUGGAAUUACUAUGGUAAAAUGAAUAGCUUAGCCAGGUUCCCAUUUUUUGAAAUUGGAGGUGAUGUGCUGUUUUUGUGUGAACAAUUUACUUCUAAUUGAUAAACCAUGAAAUGCAUUCAAACGAACAAAAAAACCAAUUGUGUUGUACAGAAGAUUUGCAAUCCCUGGUUUCUUAGCAGCCAAAGUUCCCAGAAUUCAGUAGCUGGGAAGCAAAUGUUGGUUUUUCCUCGUGGCUUGAGGAGAAGAAUUAAAGCAAUGAAACAUCUUACCUCGACAUAUUUUUAUUGCCUUGCAAAAUCAUUUUUUUAAAGGAUUGUACUACUUUGAAGAGGGAAUUAUCUCUAUGACAACUUCAGCUCUCAAAAAUUUACUUUUUCACCCAGUUUCAGAAAUAAUGCCUUCAGUGACUUACGGAGACUAUUUUCAGUGCCGAAUUUCUGUUUUAAAGAACUGAAAUGUGGCUUCCCUCAUUCACUUGGAGUAGCUUUUCUAUAGCCCCAAAAGGGAGGGCCUGCAAGCCACAGGGAGCCUCAAACUAAGGCAGGAUUUAUA